UUUCACUUUCACUCCGCGGACUCGCAUCGACGGCCCCGUCGGCUCCGCGACCCCCCGGGAGCUCGCCCCGGCCCGCGUCCCCUCCUCUGGAGCGCCGCGGAGGGAGAGGCAGCGGCCGGCCCCGGCUGGGGACGCCGAGAUGCGGCAGGUGGCCCGUGGGGAGCCGUCCGGGCGCAGGGGCGGCGGAGGAAGGGCGAGCGCGUAACAGCUGGCGGAGGGCCGCCGUCGCCCCUUUCCUCACGGCUGGCGGGACGCUCGUGCUGGGAUCAUGGCCCUGGUUCUUCGCUUUCUCCUUGCAACUCAGCUGCUGCUCCACCAGAAAGUCUUAACCUGUCAAGAGUGGGAGUAUGAAAUUAAUCACGAGUGCUGCCCCACCUGUGGGAUAGGAUACAGAGUCUCCAGACACUGCACAGCCCUGUCCAGCACGCAUUGCGUCCCGUGCACCAAUGGGACGUACACUGAACAUCCGAACGGACUGUCGCGAUGCUUGAGGUGCCGGGCAUGCGAUUCAGGAGCCCAGCUGAGGGUGAGAGAGCCAUGCACUUACGUCAAGAACACCGUGUGUGCUUGCAAGAAAGGCUACUUCUGUAUCGCUUCCACUAGCAAGGGGUCCUGCGAGGGAUGCAAGAAACACGCAGUUGCCCCAGCGGGCUUUAAGGUCACCCAGCGUGGCACUGAAACCAGUGAUACAAAAUACGAACCAUGCCCACCUGGAACUUUUACAGAGACUGAGAUGUCCCCCUUUUGCAAGAACUGGACUGAUUGCAGUAAGGAAGGCAAGACAGAGGAUCGGGCCGGCAGUUCCACAUCUGACGUGACCUGCAAAACUACCGGGCCAAACCUGGCACUCAUUCUUGCACUGUGUACCUCUAUAUUCAUGAUUAUUGCCAUUCUCGUGGUGAUCUGGAUAUGGAGGAAUUGCAAAGCAAGAGGUGCUCCACGGCAAGAGGAAGAAGCAAAAGCCAAUUAUAUCCCCGUGGACAAGCACGACGACAACAUGGCGGCGCCUAAGCAAGAAACGUCACAAAACCUCGGCAAGCCCUCGUACGAACCAUGAGUCACCGGCUGGCUGCCUUGUGCGGCUGAGAGGGAACCGUCCCUUCCUCACCUGAUGGAGGCAAUUUCAGCAAAGUGAACCCCCCAUGUCUGGGCAUGACCGUCCUCCUUUCCCGACCCCCGGAAUGCAGAAGGAGUCCCUCCACAUGGCUAAGCAGAGGAAGAAGGAAACGGUGGAUCUUCUAGGGAAAUGUGGAGGAAGGUACCAGGGAGAAGGUUCCAGGUGGGAAAGGACAAGCGGAAGCACAUUCUGGGCACCAGAGAGUCACCACAAAACCAAGGAAAACCCCAUCCCUGUCAGCGGGGUGCUCUGGACCGAGGCUGAGCUGCCGAGGGACCCUGGCUGCAAGGGACUGCACCCAUCAGGCAUUGCGUGCUUGGCUGGUGGGACACCAGGGGAGGAAUUGACCUUGGGAUCGGGAGCUCCACCUGCUCAGGCCCAGAAGAGAGCUUCAAGCUGGGCAGAAAGGGCCCGGGGGGUCAAUCCUGCACCGCGCUGAAGGCUGAGCUCCAGGCUGGCAGAGGAUGCAGACGAGCAAGCUGCUUUUCCCAGGGUGGCAGUGCUGCUGCUUGUUGCCCUGUGGGGGGGCUGCCCUCGCCGAGGAGAGGAGGUGAUUCCCCUGAAUCACACAGGAGGGAAAGCGCUACUUCCCACAAGAGGACAAGCAGCCCUGCAUGGUCACCACGACAGACCAUUAAGUGGUUGCUGCGUUCUUGUGGUUUCCGUCUUCGAUUCUUUUUUUUUUUUUAAGUAAGUUUUAUUACUAUUUUUUCUACUAACUAACAAAAAGAAACGAAAAGUCACUAAUCAUCAGAAACAUCAGACCGACUGGGUCAGCCCCUCUCCUCGAUUCUUAGUCCUCCCACUGCUGGCAUGUAUCCCACCAGCCACCAGGGCUGAAAGUCGAUCCCAGGCUUGCUCCUCCCUGCCGACAUCCUCUGUCUCUUCCAUGUUGGCCUCCGUGUCAGUUAAUAGGCAGAGAAUAACAAUAGAGACUGGGUGACUGGAGCGGCUCCUGUAGUUGCCACCCUUUCCAGAAGACUCUAUGGUAAUUGCAUUCCAGGACCAUGAACACUACGAUGGGUUUUGACCAUAUGAGAAACCCUGGUGAUAUGGAGAAGCCAGAAAACCAACUGUGAUUUUAAAGACCGAAUGAACCAUGGUGAAGGUCGACUUUUCUUCUUCUGGCCAAACAUGCCCAGUUAUUCUAGUCUGUCUGUUUCCAGGCCUUGUUGCCCUUCUCUGAAUAUAUUCCUGUUUGUUGUUCUUUGACCAAGGUGUCCAGAACUGGACGAGGGACUCAAGUUGAGCGUCAUCUUGAGCUUGCUAAUGUUGGCCUUUUGCCAUUGGGAUACUGGGCCGAUAUUAGAAAGGAGCCUACAGCAAAAGACAGUGGAUCGACAUUCCUUCUACUGGAUUUCAUUUUUCCACCCUUCGCGUUGAUCCUUAGAUGUGAGGGAGGUGAGGCCGAGAUGGCUGCAGGACUUGGAACCUGGAUUUCCCAAACUAUAAUCCCGCACUCUGACCACUACAUCACACUGCCUUUCGUCACCCCAGUGUAGCAAAAUCUAAUUUCACACCAGAAUAGCAACUUCGUGUUGAUACUGCUGAUGCUAUGUCUGCAAUUUAGUGCACUUUAAGUCCUAUGAACCGUGAAAAGGAAGAAAAAGCACAUCAGUAAAUAUUAGGUUACUGAGACCCCACAGGCCUCUAAUUUUUUAGGUUUAUGCUUGACAGUGGCCUCUCAUUUCUUACGUUUACACUAAAUUGCAGUUGUUGUGAAAUGCGUCUCCCUUGUAAGCCCGCGGCUGCGAUCCCUCGCAGGCUUAUGUGGGAAGCAUCUUCAAAAGACUCUGUCCGUUCUCCCGUGUUUCCCCAUGUUCAUGAUUCCCGAUAUCCUGAACGCCUUGUGUGGGAUCCCCUUUCUCUUUCCUUUCUCCCUUCAGAUCCUCCCCAUUUUGUGGGACGUCUUGCUUCAAGUCCAGGGAUGGGCAAACCGGCCAUUUCCAGUUUAUGUUGUAAAGUGUGGCGAAUUCCAGCCACAAACCACCCAGCAUGCCGUCUUCACCCCUUCGCACUAGCCAAAUUCAGCGCGAACUGGCAUUCCAACAUGGGGGGAAGCUGAUCUGUACAGGCUUGCCACCUGGGAGUUAAAAUGGGGAGGCCUGCAGAAAAGAUCAGGCACCUCCAAAGCCACGCUAGCAGGACUGAAUGCUAGCUGAUCUGGAUCUUGCGGAAAUUAGCCUUUCAACAUGGGUGGCUCCCAAACCUGCAGAACUCUGUGAAUUUGGCUAAAUUCCUAUCAACAUGGAGAAGGAACUCUGCUUUGGGUUGGUCCUGUACGUGACACAUCGUAUUGUGCCUGAAACUGAGCCAAAGCGAACCUGUGGCACAGCUGCCUUUACCGUCUCUGUGGAUGCCCCCGCAUUGAAAAGUUGAUUGCAAGCUCACUGGGGCAGGGACUUUGCCUUUGUGAAAUGCUAUAACGGCUGAAGGUGCUAAAUAAACCAGUUGGAUUUUUGUAACCGAA